AUGUCUUUGGCACAAGGCCCGGGUCGGGCCGGAGGCACCUCGUCAGAGCAAGAAUUGCACACCUCGAAACAUGUGGCUUACAUCAAGAACCUGGAUACCCGCAAAGACGAGCUGCAAUACUGGCUGACCGAGCACCUGCGACUCAAUGGCGUUUACUGGGGCCUGACAGCUCUGCAUCUGCUCGGUCACCCGGACGCCCUGCCACGGGAAGAAACAAUCGACUUUGUUCUCUCGUGUCAGAACGACAAUGGAGGCUUUGGAGCUGCCCCAGGUCACGAUGCUCACAUGCUCUACACCGUCUCUGCGGUUCAGAUCCUGGUCACUAUCGACGCCGUGGACGAGCUGGACAAACAAGGCCGGGGGGCAAACAAAAAGUCGGCCAGCCUGCAGAACCGGGACGAUGGUUCAUUCAUGGGAGACCAAUGGGGUGAAACUGACACUCGAUUCCUCUAUGGUGCUCUCAAUGCCUUGUCUUUGCUCGGUCUACUUGACCUGGUCGACGUUCCCAAAACUGUUACUUAUGUCCAAAGCUGUGAAAACUUCGAUGGAGCGUAUGGCAUCUCGCCGGGUACCGAGUCUCACGCCGGCCAGGUGUUCACUUGUAUUGGAGCCCUCUCCAUUGCAGGCCGGUUGGAUUUGGUGAACAAGGACCGGCUGGGAGCUUGGCUCAGUGAGCGGCAGGUGGACAACGGUGGCUUCAAUGGUCGUCCGGAGAAGCUUGUCGAUGCUUGUUACACGUGGUGGGUUGGCUCGAGCUUGGCCAUGAUCGACCGCCUUCACUGGAUCGAUCGCAAGAAGCUCUCCGCGUUUGUACUGCAAUGCCAGGAUCCUGAGAAUGGCGGCUUUGCUGACCGACCGGGGAACAUGGUCGAUGUCUAUCACACACUCUUUGGCCUGGCUGGUCUGAGCCUCUUGGGUGUUGUCGAUGGUCUGCAAGAGGUGGAUCCUAUAUAG